AUGAGUAAACAUUCUCUGGGUGACAGGAAAUACAGACAGACAAAAAUAAAUGUUUGGUCAAAGACAGGAAAUACAGACAGACAACAAAUAAAUGUUUGGUCAAAGACAGGAAAUACAGACAGACAACAAAUAAAUGUUUGGUCAAAGACAGGAAAUACAGACAGACAACAAAUAAAUGUUUGGUCAAAGACAGGAAAUACAGACAGACAACAAAUAAAUGUUUGGUCAAAGACAGGAAAUACAGACAGACAACAAAUAAAUGUUUGGUCAAAGACAGGAAAUACAGACAGACAACAAAUAAAUGUUUGGUCAAAGACAGGAAAUACAGACAGACAACAAAUAAAUGUUUGGUCAAAGAAGGAAAUACAGACAGACAACAAAUAA